AAAGGGUUGGAUUAUAUUAGGCAGCAAGUCAACAGCUAGUUCUUGAAGUUGAUGUGUUGGAAGCAGGAAAAAGGGCCAGAUUGUGAUGGCUGGAUGACUGGGUCAGAGCAUCUCCUAAACGGCAGGUCUUGUGGGAUGUUCCCAGUAUGCAGUGGCACAAAGAUGGCGGCGUUGUUGAAGCAGUAUCGUGACAGAAUACGCACUGAGCUGGACAGAGUUGUGGAUUUCUGGCUGAAAUACUCUCACGACGAGCAAUAUGGUGGGUUUUUUACCUGCAUUGGAAAAGAUGGGAAGAUCUAUGAUGAGCUCAAGUAUGUGUGGUUACAGGGCAGACAAGUGUGGAUGUACUGCAGGUUGUAUCGCACUGUUCCGAGGUUUCACAAGCCGGACAUUCUUCAAGCUGCAAAAUCAGGUGGUGCGUUUCUCCAGAGAUUUGCUAAAGAGCAUGCCUCAGACGGUCCAGGAAAGUGCGCGUUCUGUCUGACGAGGGACGGUCGAGCAGUAAAAGUUCAGAGGACCAUCUUCAGCGAGUGUUUCUACGUCAUGGCCAUGGAUGAACUUUCCAGGGUUAUAGGAGACAAAGAGAUGCAGUCCGACGCAGAGAGCAUGAUGGAUCAGUUGGUCCACUGGGUCCGGGUUGACUCGUCAGGUCUGGGUCGUCCUCAGCUUCCUGGUGAUAUUCCUGUUAACAGCAUGGCGGUUCCCAUGAUGCUCCUGUGCCUGGUGGAUCAGCUGACCGAGGGUAGGGCGGAGCUUGCAGAGAAAUACAGAGAGCUGGGUGACUGGUGUGUCUCUCAGAUACUGCAGCAUGUACAGAGAGAUGGAAAGGUCAUUCUUGAAAAUGUGUCACUGGAGGGAAAGGAGCUGCCUGGCUGUCAGGGACGUUUGCAGAACCCAGGUCAUGCCCUGGAGGCUGGCUGGUUCCUGCUGCAGUACGCCAAGGCACGAGGUGCUGCAGAGCUGCAGAAUGUGGCUGUGCAGAAGUUCAUGGAGGUUCCCUUCCUCACCGGCUGGGACAAAGAACAUGGAGGACUCUUCUACUUCCUAGAUGCUGAUGGUCACUGUCCCACCCAGCUGGAGUGGAACAUGAAGCUGUGGUGGCCUCACUGUGAAGCUCUCAUCUCUUAUCUAAUGGCCUACGAUCACUUCAGAGAUCCUGCAAUGCUGGAGAGAUUCACGCAAGUCUACGAUUACACUUUCACACACUUUCCUGACGAAGAGCACGGUGAGUGGUUCGGAUAUCUGAGUCAACAGGGGAAAGUGGUGCUGGAUUUUAAAGGGGGACCUUUCAAAGGGUUCUUCCAUGUCCCUCGAUGCCUCUACAUGUGUGAGAAGAUGCUGGAUCAUCUGCUCACAACACUUGAAUCCUAAACGUAACCACAAACUGAUGGAUGACAUUUUAAUGUUUCUGCUACAGCAUACAUACUGUACAUGCUUACACUCCAAAUCAGUAACAAGUCUAUAUAAUGUAAGUGUCACAGAGGAGUUGUUUUUUUUCUUUUCUUAAUAGAAAUGGUAAAGGGAGCAGGGUUUUUUUUUUUUAAUAGAAAUCGUAAAGGGAGCAGUUUUUUUUUUUUUUUUUUUUUUUUUUCUUUUAUAAACGCUUCUCUGGACAGUUAAUCGCUGUAUACUGAAUUCAUGCACACACUAAAGCCAGUUUAUGAGUUAGCAGCAGAGGAACAGAAGACUUAGGUUUAAUAAAAAAAGCUUGUGUCCUGGAAACCAACUCAUUUUAUGUAGCAUGUUCAAUCAAAACUACAUUUCUUAAAUGCCACUGACCUCAAGUGGAAGCAGAAGAACAGAUGCAUUCCCUGAUAUUGUAAUGUUAAGAGCAUUACAUAUUUUCUUUAUAGUACUCAGUAAGGCAAUGCAAACGGGUCAUAAGCAACUCAGGGCUACGCAUGACAUUGUGUACUAUCUGAUUUUCUCAGUUGUUCAGCUAGACCACAGAACAGUGGUGACAACUGUUUCCUUUUAAUGCUCCAUCACUGAUGAUUAGUUUACAGCUGCAAAUGAGCUAUGUUUUAAGUACAUUUGAUAAUCAAUCCAGAGAGACUAAAAAAAUGGAAAGGUCUCUGAAGAUAUUUGGAAAUUGUUCCAUGUGUGAGUUGAUGUCUUUAGCCCUGGAGCUAGAUUCUGGUCUGAUGAGCUGCUUUCAGGUAAAUAAUUUACAUAAAUGCAUUUGAUUAAAAAAAAAUAAAAACCAAAAAACAUUUCUGCUACAGAAUCCAUGCUGCUUUACUGAAUCAUGGCCAGUUUAUUCAUACAUAUUUCAGCUCUAGUAAUAUAUCCUGUUCAAACUCCUAUCGUCACUUUGUACACGUGCCUUUACAUGCUGUUUAUUGCACAUAUCAACUGAUUUUUAUUUACUACAUUUCAGUGAGGAAUGUUAAGCACUCCAUUUCUGGCAUAUUUGGCCACUCCAGAGAGUAAUACUGACAAAAAUCUAUAUGUCUGAUCCCUAAUUAUACAUUUAACCCAUUAUCCAUGUGCUUAAACAUUCAGGUCUUUUACUCUACUAAUUAUAUGAUUUGUUUAAAUGUAUUUACUCGUCAUAUUUUUUUUCCUCAUAAGAUGUCAUUCAUAUUAGUCAAUUACUGAGACUGCUUGUCGGCUUCACAUUUCACCACUGGUCAUGUGUUAUGUAGUUCAGCAAAUGCUCCUCUGAGAAAAUUGUGAAAGUAUACUUGAAUGUCUAAAUCGAAACACUGAUUUCAACAUUUAUGUCAAUUUGUGUUAGGAAAAUAUCAUUCAUAUUCAAGAAUUAAAGAAAGCAUUACAGACA